AGAAGCCCCAAGAUUCUUUUGAAUUUUUCACCGUGGAUUGAUUCCACUCCUUUUUAAGCCUCUUUUGGAGAAACGCGCCAGCUAGCAGCUAGCACAUUAGUUGAAAGAAUGUUUUCACUUGGUGACUUGCAGCUGCAUGGUAGGACACAACGAGAAGAACGGCCGGGUGUGCCAUCAUAUGAUUUGCUGAUUCAAGAAGGAAUGCGUCAGCAAAAUUUGCAAUUGACCACGGUUGCUCCACCUUGGAUGAGUCAUGACGAAAUAACGCAGCCCAGGGCUAUCCAUGGCUACAACGAUGGCCCGGUAGGACAGGACUUGAACCUAGCUAAUGUAACAGAGCCGGGCAUGCAAGAUCCCAAGGAUCCUGGCUUGAACAAAGCUAUCUUUCGGAAACAAUUCAAGAAGACGCAGAUGUGCCGUUUCUUCCAGCGAUCCUCAUGCCGCAAGGGCGAGUACUGCGAGUUUGCCCAUGGGCCAGAAGAGUUGGCGCAGCCACCUGACCUGCGAAGGACAUCUCUUUGCAAGGCUUUCAUGGAGGGCUGUUGCCCAGAGUCUGCAGCGACAUGCAGGUUUGCCCAUGGAAUCGCUAUGCUUCGCCGCACACCAGGUUUUGACAAACGGAUGGCAGCAAAAAAUACAGAGGCAGAAGUGAUGUCCGCAGCGCAUGGCUUGGAAGCGACAUCUUCUGAAGAGGCGCAACAACUUCACAACAUCCUCCGCCAGCAGCAGCGGGAGCAGGAGGAGAUGCGACAAGUGAUCGAAGAGCAACGUCGCAAGAUCAACGAACUGAAGUUGCAGCAGGAGCGGUUGCAGCAAGCACAACUUGCUUCACUGCAGCCGUUUCAGCCGCAGUUUCAGCAGCCGAACUUCGAAGCACAGGCUCCUGAACAACCCAGUGGGAUCAUCUUUGGUCAGCACACCGGGCUUCCACUUGGAGGCCCGCUCAACGAACGCUCUCCUGAAGGACAUCAAGCUUUUCGGCAAAACCAAGCAGGCAAUGUGCAGCUUCCCUUUGAGGUGAUCCCUCUUUGAGCAGGUAUUGAAGGGUUGGCAAAGCUGGACAGCCACUUCGUGCCUUGUGCCAGCAGCAAGCGGCAACAAGAGACUGUGGUGUCCAUUUUGCUUUGAUGAUCCCCCAGACUGCAAUCCAGUCUCAUCAUAAUCAUCAACAAUACCAUCAACUUCUUAAGCUCCCCAAGCUCAAGUGUUGGACACGGUGAAAACGCUGGACUGCAUUCUGUGGUGUUUCUGCAUCACUCACAGUUAGUGAUGGAUGCGAUAGUCCAGAUCGAUUAGAUGCACCUCUUCUGAGCCCAAUAGAGUGGUGGGAGUCUCACAGAGCAACGCGUUUCGAGUUUCAAGACCAGCAAGACAUGCAAUCCACGCGUUUAAACAUGUCCAUCCUGAUUCAGAAGUUAUUGUUCAAUCCG